AUGAAAAUAAGCGAGAGACUGGCUGAGACAAUACACACCACUGUCACUUGCAUUCCGCCCUGUGAGAGGCCCUCGGAUGGUCAAGCGCUAUCAUCGCGCAAGCUUUUUGUUCCCCCAACCGAUGCAUCGCUCGAUGCUUGGAGUACACUUGGUAAUGACGGAUGGAACUCGGACACAUUUAAGGAGUAUUAUUCAAAGGCAUUUACACUUCCCAAAGUUGAUCAAUCAUCAAGAAAGGUGCUUGGAAUAGACGGGUAUUCUCUAUAUAAUACUCCUAACGGCCCACAUCAACUAUCCUACGCCGGGAAUCCGGAGCAUCCCGUACUCGAAGCUUGGAUGACAACAUUCAAAAACAAAGGCUAUCACGUAUCGAAUGACCCAUUUCUAGGAAUACCCGUCGGGGCCUUUACCUCUCUCUCCAGCGUCGACCCGGCGAGGAAAGAAAGAAGUUAUGCAACUUCAGCAUACUACAGCCUUGUCAAAUACAGGACCAACCUUGAAGUCCUUACAAAUGCGACUGUGGAGAAAAUUCUGUUCAAAGAUGGCCAUUGUACGCAGGCUAUUGGGGUUCAGUAUCGGCAUGGCGAUAACGUAAAAGUAGUAGCCGCCAGUAAGGAAGUUAUUCUUGCUGCCGGCGUUCUCCAAUCUCCCAAGCUUCUUGAGCUAUCAGGUAUUGGCAACAAAUCGAUACUACGCAGCAAUUCAAUCGAAACCGUUCAAGACCUUCCUUGUGUCGGAGAGAACCUUUACGAUCAUCCUGUUUGUAGUAUUAGCUACGAGAUGGUAGAAGGCGUAGAAACGCUUGAUUCGGAUUACACUGUAGGUAAAACAAGCUUACUGAUAUCCAUGGGGGUCGAUACAUAUGCAUACCUUCCGAUGCCUUCGGCGGCGUAUCUCUCAGUUCUAAGACAGCAUCCUCUUCCGAUCGACCCCAACUCAGACUCGCCAUCCGGUCCCAUACACGGAAAUUUUAUUGCACUCGUCGCUACGCUUUCUCAACCUCUUUCACGAGGAAGUGUUCACAUCACAUCUAACGAUCCAUUGGCUGCGCCCACCAUCGACCCUAAUUACUUCUCCAGUGAGAUUGGCAUCGAAGUUUAUGUACGACAAAUGCUCUACCUUGACACUAUCGCCAAGUCAUCGCCUUUCAGCAAAUUGCUAAAGCAGCCCCUAAUUCCCAAGAAAUACCUACGCACUAGCGCGAUAUCUAUGUGGCAUAUGGGAGGAACCUGCGCCAUGUUGCCGGAGGAAAAAGGGGGCGUCGUGAACCCGAAGUUGAAGGUAUAUGGCGUGGAUAACCUUCGUAUUGUGGAUGCCAGUGCGAUCCCGCUCAUUAGUACUGCUAAUCUUCAGUCUACUGUCUAUGCAUUUGCUGAGAAAGCAGCUGACUUGAUCAAACAAGACUGCAGGCUGUGA